CUUUAAAUGUCGCAGCUGAGCUCAACCAGGAAGCGGCGCAGCGAUCCGUGCCCGAUCCUCCAUCAUCAACAGGCUCCCGUUUGUUUGUGUCCUGCUGUCUCUUGUCCUCUGCUCUGCUGGCUCAUUUUUCUUUUGGUUUUUAAUAAAUGAAGUCAAAGUAAAGGGGUUCGGUUUGGCUGUGUGAACUCUCCGGAAGCAUGGCGGACGGUCCAGCCGCUGAUGUUGACGAGCCGCCCAGUAUCAUUUUCCCCCCGGUCAUCACUGUGUCCGACCUGCCCAGCACUGCUGCAGGGCGUAACCUGAAGGAAUGGCUCCAGGAGCAGUUCUGUGACAAACCGCUGGAGCAGGACGACAUGCGGCUCCACAACGCCGCAUACGUGGGCGACCUGGACACCCUGAGGAACCUGCUGCAGGAAGAUGACUUCAGACGGCGCAUUAAUGAGAAGUCGGUGUGGUGCUGCGGCUGUCUGCCCUGUACGCCCCUGCGGAUCGCAGCAACGGCCGGACACGCCGCCUGCGUGGCCUACCUGAUCGCCCAGGGAGCCGAGGUGGACCUGGUCGAUGUCAAAGGUCAGACGGCGCUCUACGUUGCGGUGGUUAACGGUCACCUGGACUGCGUUCGGAUCCUCCUGGAAGCUGGCGCCGAUCCCAACGGGAGCCGCCACCACCGCAGCACCCCCCUGUACCAUGCGGCGCGGGUCGGGCGGGUGGACGUCCUGCAGGAGCUCAUCAGAUUCAAUGCCGAUGUUGACAUGGACCACCAGCUGGGUCCCCGGCUCCUCCUCAGUGCUCGAACCCUUAACACCCUGGUGGUGUGUCCUCUCUACAUCAGCGCUGCCUACCACCACCUUGAAUGUUUCCGGUUGCUGCUCCUAGCCGGCGCGCAGCCCGACUUCAACUACACGGGGCCCGUCUGCCACGAGGCCCUGACUCGGGGCCUCGCCUCCUGCCUGCUCGACGCAGUGCUGCGACACGGAUGCGAGGUGAGCUUCGUCCACCUGCUGCUGGACCAUGGCGCAGACCCAGCGCUGGUUCCUUGGGAGCAGGUGGAACUGGAGGCGCCAAACCGAAGGAAGGUGGAUCCGGAGGCACUCAGGGUGUUCCUGGAAGCAAAGAAAAACCCUCAUAGGCUCACGUAUCUGUGCCGCAUCCGGAUCCGCAGAACAAUGGGCAAAAGCCGUCUGAAGCACAUAGCUUUGUUACCGCUACCAGAAUCCAUCAAGAACUUCCUGCUGCACCGAAACUGACGUUUGUCCACCGUAAUCCAUGCGGGUAAUAAAAAUGAAUAAAAAAAUCUUAGUAAGUCCCAAAGACAAGCUGUUGUUUGCUUUUUCCUUUAUAAAAAUGUAGACAUUUAUUUUCUAAAUGUUUGGAAGUUAAAAGUUCUGGAUUAACUUUCCGUCACUGUAAGGAUUUUUACAGUUAUUUUCUUUUUUAAGUUAUCAAAGGAGCCUUAGCCAUGUCUGAACUUGUGAAAACUGUGUCUUACAACAAAUGUUUUCUUUCAAAUCACAAAAAUGUGUCGUGACUCUAGUUCAGGUUAGGUGUAAAGAUUACAGUAUAAAUUAGCCUGAAUCAAGAGUAAAGUUCUCGUUUGUAGAAGUGUGAUCCAGCUCCUUUAAUUGCUCUUUUACAUUCAUGUAAACCACGACUUUAUCCAAUCAUCUAUUAAAUAUUUCAAGUUUUAUCUUUUGUAAAGUGUUGCUACAGGCGGCUGUAAGGGCUCAAGGUAGCAAAACAUUUUACAUAAUUUCAUCUCUAAAGUGACAAUAAAAAGAACAAUGGUACGUUCCCCACUUGUUAAUUAAGAUUAUAAAGCCUGAAGCUGGUUACAUUUUCAUGUUGUGGCAAUCUAAAUUAUGUUUUGUUAAUUACCACCCAAACAAACUUGUUGAAAUGUUCUGCUGUUUGAUGGUGGUAUUGCACUUUUGUUUUCCUGUAGAUAAGUGUUUAUGAAGUUAACCUCCUUUUGCUUCUCCAUGUUAAUACUACAGGUGUAACGAUACACUUAAUUUAAGUUAGGAAAGCAGAUUAGAUGUUUGGAUCACCGUUUAAUAGUUUAUAUAAUUUGGGGCUAAACUUCAUUAUUCAUACAGCUACAAAUCAUUAUCACCUGCGAUUCUUGCAUUGGUUUGGUGUAGAGUGCUGUAGAUAGAGGCUUAACCCGCCAUGAUUAACCAAACAUGGUGUCUUUUACUAGGCUUUUUCAGCUGUUGUGUUCUGCUAGUGGUGGCUUAGUUAAUUGCAAUUACCAGUUUGUGCCACUAGAUGGUGUUGCAUCUGUAUAAAACAAUUCCUUUACAUUAACAUUUUUGUGAAUGAAAGAGCAAAUUAAAGGAACGUGAUCCAUACUGUAAUACUGGUAGCUGGAGAGAUGUUUACCUAAUAGAUAUUACUACUACAUGUCAAUAUACUGAGAAAAAACAGGAUCCUGACCAACCUGUGACUGUGUAAGAAAAUAUACUACAAGUUCUUUUCUGUAUCAUUGACAAUCUAUAAAAUGUUGAUAGAAGUGUUUUUAACUUUGCAUUUUUUAGCCAGGAAGCUGCCUUCUCUGGGGAUUUGUCACAUAUGUUGUCUUCAGUGCAGGUCUGCUACUUUUUCUCAAAUACUAACAUUUAAAUGUGGUGCAUGUGUAACAUGUCAGUGUGUCUUGCUCAGAAAUUUGUCCUAUUUGUUUGCAAACAUUAAAUCUGGUCUCGGAUGA